GUUUAGUUUCUACUGCGAAUCUAUUCACUUCAACAUCAAACCCUCAGAGUCAGCUCACUAUCACUGCAAAUGGCGAAACCCUAGAUUCCAAUUUCCACAAAUCCAUCACUCAAAUGUCGUUUCAUGGUUGAUAUGUGAGCUUAAGAUGAAGAAGAUGAAGACGAACGAUAGAAUUAGCAACUUACCAGACGCAAUCCUCUGCCACAUUCUCAGUUUUCUCCCAACCAAGCAAGCGGUUGCCACCACCGUUCUCUCCAAGAGGUGGAAGCCACUAUGGCGUUCAACCACCGCUCUCGACUUCGACGACGACGCCUAUCUUGGAAGAACCAAAGAGGUUUAUUCCAGCUUCAUUCAAUUCGUGUACGCUGUUCUUCUCUCCCGAGAUUUCACCCAACCCAUCACAAAAUUCCGCAUCAGUUCUCAAUCCCGACACUUCGACAACCCUUCCCAUGUCAUCGUGUGGGUUAAUGCUGUAUUGCAGCGCCGAAUCGAGCACCUUGAAAUCUCGCUCCCAUUUUCUGAAACCCCUGUUAAACCCAUCAACUGGUCUUCCAUCUUCAGUUGCAGAACUCUCGUGGUUCUCAAGUUGCAGGGGUUAGAUUUGACACCCAUUUCCUCUGUUGAUCUUCCAUUGCUUAAAGUCCUGCAUUUACAAGAAUUGCAUUUCCGAAAACUUGGAUGUCUCGCUGAGCUUCUAUUCGGAUGUCCGGUUCUUGAAGAUUUGUUUGAAAGGGAUUUGUGUUAUGCCAUUUAUUCGACUCGCAGGAAGUUUAAAACUUUACCCAAGUUGGUCAGAGCACAUAUUUCAGAAGGAUAUCCUAUAGUGGAAGUGAUUAACAAUGUCAAGUUUUUGCGGAUAGACCAGGAUUGUUAUCAUCUCCCUGGGCAUGGACAUCGUUAUGGUGAACGUAUAGACAUGUUUCACAAUUUAACCCAUGUUGAAAUCGUCUAUGCCAACUUUAAUGAAGAUUGGUUUGAGGUAGUGGAAUUUCUCACGCAUUGCCCCAAGCUUCAAACUCUCGUCAUUAGCCAGCCAAAGUUUCAUGAAUACGGUCUUGGUGAGUACGAAGUAGGAUUUGGGCAAUACCCACUACAUGUUCCUAAAUGCAUUCUACGACACCUUAAAGAAUGCUAUUUAAAUGAUUAUCGAGGCACAAAAGGUGAGUUUCAAUUUGCAAGAUAUAUUAUGCGGAAUGGAAGGGUUUUAAAGAGGAUGUCAAUAUGCAGUAGCACUGCUGAAAAGCAAAGAAGAAAGCUUAAGAAUUUAACAAAAUUAUCCUCAUGCAUGAGGCGCUCAUCAUCGUGUAAACUUUUCUUUAAAUGAUAACAAACUAGCUACGCAAAAGGAUAUGGACCUUGUCUUAAUUUUUAAAUUAGUUAACUGGCUAUUUACUGAUAAUUUCUUGUAAAUUUGAGAUAUACUGCUGAAGUGUGAGGAAAUUGUAUGUCUUAUCUUGUGCAAAUCUCCAUGGUCUCUCUCAUACAAGCAUAGUCACAUAGUUGUUUGUUCAUA